AUGAGAGAGGGGAAGCUAUACAAUACAAAACCCCAAAACACAAGCCAUUCUCUUCACCAUUUCGAAUUCUCGGAUUAGUUCCGCAGUUCCACGUACCAAAGUUUCCUCCUCCUUCUGUUCUCUAAAUAAGACGAUAAAUUUCGUCUCUCUCUCCUCUUCUCUCUUGCAAAAUUCACUUCCUAACGUAAGAGAAGAAGAAGAAGAAGAUAUCACAACCAUUGUUCCUCUUCUUCCACUCUCUCUCUCUCUCUCUCUCUCUCUUCUCUUUUCUUUUCUUUCUUCUUUUUUAUUUUUCAAUUUUUAAUUUCUAUCUCUUUUCCUCUGCGCGCGAUCAAACCACUGUACUAGUUUCCCUCUCUUCCCCGGAGAUCUGCUCACUAAUCUCCUGCAGAAAAAUGAAGAGAGUGAGAGAUGAUUUUGUCGUUGGCUCUGCAAUGAAACGACCCUCUGGUUCUUCUCGCGGGGACUCGCAAUCCCAAGUACCGGGGGGAGGAGGUGGUGGAGGGGCCGUUGUAGUAGGUGGAGGAGGGGCCAUGGGAGGAGGAGGUGUUUCGCAGAAGUUGACAACGAAUGAUGCUCUAACAUAUCUCAAAGAAGUAAAGGAAAUGUUUCAAGACCAAAGAGAAAAAUAUGAUAUGUUUCUUGAGGUCAUGAAGGAUUUCAAGGCUCAAAGAACUGACACAGCAGGUGUCAUUGCAAGAGUAAAGGAAUUAUUUAAAGGGCAUAACAACUUAAUUUUGGGCUUUAAUACCUUCUUGCCAAAGGGUUAUGAGAUAACCCUCGAUGAAGAUGAGACUCCACCGAAAAAGACAGUUGAGUUUGAAGAAGCUAUCAGUUUUGUAAACAAGAUAAAGAAACGUUUCCAAAACGAUGAUCAUGUUUAUAAGUCAUUCCUAGAUAUACUUAACAUGUAUCGAAAGGAGCACAAGGACAUAAAUGAGGUUUACAGUGAGGUUGCCGCUCUAUUUGAUGAGCAUCCAGAUUUGCUAGAUGAGUUCACCAGAUUUUUACCCGAUGCGUCAGCAGCAGCUUCUGCACAUCAUGCUCAAUAUGGCCGCAAUUCAUUUCCACGUUUCAAUGAGCGCAGCUCUGCUACACCCACAUUUCGGCCAAUGCAUAUGGACAAGCAACGUAGGAGGGAUAGGAUCAUUCCUUCCCAUGCUGAUCGUGAUCUCAGUGUUGAUCGUCCUGAGCUUGAUGAUGACAAAGGAAUGGUGAAAGUCCAGAAGGAGCACAGAAAACGUUGUGAAAAGGAGAACAGGGAUAGGAGAAAUCGGGACGAUGAUGAUAGAGAAUUAGAGACUGAUAACAAUAGGGACUACAAAUUGCAGCGUUUUCCUGAGAAAAGAAAGUCCUCCAGGAAGGUUGAAGGUUUUGGGGUGACUGCUAACUUUGCUCCUUAUGAUGACAAAGACUCCUUAAAGAGCAUGUACAGCCAGGGAUUCAUUUUCUGUGAGAAAGUGAAGGAGAGGUUGUGCAGUCAAGAAGACUACCAAGCAUUUUUGAAAUGCCUUCACAUUUAUAGCAAUGGAAUAAUUAAAAGGAAUGAUCUACAGAAUUUGGUGACUGAUUUAUUGGGAAAGUAUCCAGAUCUUAUGGAAGAGUUCAAUGAAUUUUUGGAGCGCUGUGAGAAUAUAGAUGGUUUCCUUGCAGGUGUUAUGAGUAGAAAAUCUCUGAAUAGUGAUGGUCAAUUAUCCAGAUCGGUGAAGGUAGAGGAGAAAGAUAAAGAGCAAAAGCGUGAAAUGGAGGGAGCUAAAGAAAAGGAAAGAUACAGGGAGAAGUAUUGGGCAAAAUCUAUUCAAGAGCUAGAUCUCUCUAACUGUGAACGUUGUACUCCAAGCUAUCGGCUUCUGCCUGAAGAUUAUCCAAUACCUUCAGCAAGCCAGAGAUCAGAACUUGGUGCCCAGGUUUUGAAUGACCACUGGGUGUCCGUGACUUCAGGAAGUGAAGACUACUCUUUUAAACAUAUGCGCAGAAAUCAGUAUGAAGAAAGUCUGUUUAGAUGUGAAGAUGAUAGGUUUGAGCUGGAUAUGUUGUUAGAGUCGGUGAGCUCAACCGCUAAGCGAGCAGAGGAGCUUCUGAACAGCAUUAAUGAAAAUAAGAUCACUAUGGAAAGUCCAAUCCAUAUCGAAGACCACUUCACUGCUUUAAACUUAAGGUGCAUUGAACGUUUAUAUGGUGACCAUGGUCUUGAUGUGAUGGACAUACUGCGGAAAAAUCCAACUCUGGCUUUGCCUGUCGUAUUAACACGCCUAAAGCAGAAACAAGAGGAAUGGACAAGGUGUAGAUCAGAUUUUAACAAGGUUUGGGCUGAUAUAUAUGCGAAAAACCAUUACAAAUCACUUGAUCACCGGAGCUUCUAUUUCAAGCAACAAGAUUCAAAGAAUUUGAGUAGCAAAUCAUUGGUGGCUGAGAUCAAGGAAUUGAAAGAGAAAAAGCAGAUAGAGGAUGAUAUCCUUCUGGCUGUUGCUGCUGGAAACAGGCAAUCUGUAGUUCCACAUGUGGAGUACGAAUACGUUGAUAUCAGCAUACAUGAAGACUUGUAUAAACUUGUCCAAUAUUCUUGCGAGGAGGUUUUCUCAACGAAAGAACAGCUAAAUAAGGCCAUGAGACUUUAUACUACGAUUUUGGAGCCAAUGCUGGGUGUUCCGUCUCGACCUCAUGGUUCAGAGGAUGAUGAAGAUGCUGAUAAAACUAGGAAUCGUGCUAUGAAUUAUACUGCAUCAAGCAUAGGAGAAAGUGAUGGAAGUCCUGGUGGGGAUACUGCUAUGGUGAAUCUUAAACAGCCUCAAUCUGUGUGUACUGAAGAAGAAAAUACUUUAGCAGAAGUGGAAAGUUUGGCUAAUGGGGAUACCUUAGCUAAAGAAGAUGGCAGUUGCGAUGCAGAGCGUGUCCGUAAGAACGAUUCCGUUUGUGAUAAUAUUCAACUAGAGAAAGACCAGAAGAAUAUGGAUGUCUCUGAUAAAAGGUAUCUGGUUACCAACAUGGAUAACGGACGGCUACCCAGUCAACCAUCAUAUCGAAUUGGAGCAGAAAAUAAGCAUGGCAGAACCAGCUUGGAAGUGACAUCAGGGUGUGUUGCAACCACGUCAAGACCUGGUGGCUCCAUUAGUGACAAUGACCAUUUACAGAAAGCAAAUGCUGAUGUCGUUCCUUCACCAGAGGGCGUUGAUAUUGCAAAACCCGCUUCAUUUGCUAAUGGAGUGGUUCCAGAAAGCACUAAAGUUAACAGUCAUCAUGAAGUGUCCGUUGGGCCCUCCAAAAUCGAAAAAGAAGAGGGGGAGUUAUCACCAGUUGGUGAUUUUGGGGAGGAUAACUUUGUUGUCUCUGGAGAUGCUGGGGUGCAAGCUAUGCCUAAGACCAACCAUAAUGUAGAAAGUAGACAAUAUCAAUCUGGGAAUGGGGAAGACACUUGUCAGGAUGCUGGAGAAAAUGAUGCAGAUGCUGAUGAUGAGAACAGUGAAAAUGUUUCUGAGGCUGGUGAAGAUGCCUCUGGCAGUGAGACAGCUGGUGAUGAAUGUUCUCGGGAAGAGCAAGGUGAGGAGGAAGAUGCUGAGCAUGAUGAUGUUGAUGGUAAGGCUGAGAGUGAAGGUGAGGCUGAAGGGGUGGCUGAUGGGCACCUUGUUGGAGGAGAUGGAAUGUCCUUGCAAUUGUCAGAACGUUUUCUUUUGUCUGUGAAGCCUGUUGCAAAGCAUGUGCCAGCUGCUUUACUUGAAGAAAGGAAAGACUCUCGUGUUUUCUACGGGAAUGAUAAUUUCUAUGUGCUUUAUAGGCUUCAUCAAAUUCUAUAUGAAAGGAUUUCAUCUGCAAAAACAAGUUCAACAGGUGCAGAAAUGAAGUGGAGAAGUUCAAAGGAUAGCAGUUCUCCGGAUCUGUAUGCCAGAUUUAUGAGUGCUCUAUACAGUUUGCUUGAUGCAUAUAUAUUAUUCACAUUGGACAAAUUAAUAUAUAAAUUUGUCAAACAGCUUCAAGCCGUUGCAGCUGAUGAGAUGGACAAUAAGCUUCUUCAAUUAUAUGAAUAUGAAAAAUCCCGUAAAACUGAGAAGUUGAUAGAUUCUGUUUAUUAUGAAAAUGCACGUGUCCUCCUUCAUGAGGAGAACAUUUACAGAUUGGAAUUUUUUUCAGCCCCCUCCCGGCUGUCCAUCCAGCUGAUGGACAGUGUGAGUGAAAAGCCCGAGGUGUUUGCCGUUUCUAUGGAACCUAAUUUUGCAUCUUAUCUGCACAAUGAUUUUCUGCCAGUUUUUCCUGGAAAGAAGGAGCCGCAUGGCAUUACUCUUCAGAGAAACAAGCGCAAAUAUGCAGGGCAGGAUGAAUCCUCUGCCUUCUGCAGGGCCAUGGAGGAUGUUCAAUUGGUCAAUGGUUUAGAGUGCAAGAUAGCGUGCAACUCAUCCAAGAUCUCUUAUGUUCUGGACACAGAAGAUUACUUCUUCCGUAUGAGAAGGAAAAGGAGAAAUCCAUCUGGGGCCAGAUCACCAUACUGUGAUCAGUCGAGAGUACAGCGGUUCCACAAAUUCUUAUCAGUCUCAUAAUAGCUUUAGAAGGAAAUUACUUUGCGAUUGGGAAGCUAAAGGUGUCAUCGACUCAAUUUCUGACAGACUGAGAAGGAAGACAGUGGGGCGGGACAUGUUACGUGUUCAGUUCUGAAGAUUGGCCUAGGAGCCAUUGUUGUGUAUAUAAGGUUGGUGUAUGAUAAUUUCGUAGAAAGGUAUUUUAAUUAAUGUUCUUGAUCUCACCUUCAUAAACACACUAUAAGUGUAACAAAUUGGUCAAAUAGCAGAAAAGCACGAGCUUUAACAAA